GUGCAGGAUCAGAGAAGAGAAGCUCUGAGGGGGGGAGACAGUGAGCGGGGGCGAGGAGAGACCCCCCAUCCUGCCACAUCUAUCCGAGGACCCCCCUAUAAAUAUCAGCACAGCUCCCUCCCCACAGAGACAUGUCCAGCGAGAAAACAGGCCCUCCGGACUCUGGACCCCACAGCUCCCCCCCACCCUAUAACCAGCCGGUGGGGGAGGGACCCUGUAAUGGCGUUAUUCCAGGUUAUAAUGAUCCUCCACCUCAGCCAGCUAGUGCUACCCUUCCCCGCCAGGAUGCUCAAGGCUAUCUUCAGGAGACCCCAUUUACAGGAGCACCCCCAGCUCCCCAAGGGUAUGUGGUGCAGACGCACACGCCCACAGGAACACUGCAAGGUGGAGGGUAUGUGCCACAACCAACAGGGUAUCCCAUGCACCUGCAGCCCUGCACAGCCUACGUCCCGGUGUACCCAAUGGGAACGCAAUACCAAGCUGGAAAUGUCCCCCCCCAGCCUGGGAUCCCACCUCCUCAGAUUCCCCCUGGACUGGCCCUACUAGAGCCACGACGUCCUCCUCAUGACUAUAUGCCGAUCGCUGUGCUCACCACAAUCUGCUGCUUCUGGCCCACUGGAGUUAUCGCCAUCAUAAAGGCUGUGCAGGUGAGGACAGCUUUGGCUCGUGGAGACAUCAUGUCUGCAGAAAUAGCUUCUCGUGAGGCCCGGAACUUCUCCUUCAUUAGCCUGGCAGUGGGGAUUGCUGCUAUGGUCCUGUGCACCAUCCUUACAGUUGUUAUUAUCAUCGCAGCUCAGCACCACGACAAUGACUGGGGUAACUGAAUUAUCCCUCUGUGACUUGGGGGCAUCUGAUGUACAGACCAAGCCACCAAGAUCUCACCCAGCACUUUCUUAAGUCGCCUAUCUCAAAACCUUUUUUUUUUUUUUAUUUUUUUUAUAGAUUUUCUCUUUUUUAAUUCUUUUUCAUCUUCUUUAAUGUCUUCCUUUAAUUUUUCCUUCUUGUGUUCUUCCUCCUUUCUCCUCUCACCAAUAUUUUCUUCUCUCUCUGUCCAUACGUUUUCCCCUGUGUCACAUUUUUCCUUCUCAUUUCCGUCCUUUGGUUGACCAUGUUUGACCUCUCCAGAUAGUCUCUCUCUUCUCCUGUGUUUCCUGUCCACCAAAGUGCUCUCUGUCUCCUUCCUUCCUUUCUGUCUGCUCCCGCCCUAUUCCCCUCCCUUGUUUUGAAUAAUACAGGUGCCAUCUUGGGGUGUUAUGGGGUAAAAUAGGAGUUUCAUGGGGGUACUUUUUUUUAGCUAUGUCUUAUAGGUGCAGAAGAACAGUGGGCUGAGAAGUAAAGGCUCCAGGAGAUAGCUCGAGAGUCAUGAUGCAUACAGGAAAACGAGUGGACUGUCACACGGGGAGUAGUCCUUCAGAGAGAGACAGCCAGGCGAACUUUACAAGGAAUGAGUGUAGAUUUUUAAAAGGAAUGUGUGACAUGAGAUGUUGGGAUUAGCUGGCCAUGGGCAUGGUCAUUGUGGGCCAAAAGAUCGUUUUUACUGACAGUUCAACUGGAAGGGUCAAAACUACCAAAAUCCUUUUCCUCUUGUGGGAAUCUGAGAGCCUCAUAGACAUGGGAAGACUGGUGGAUCCACCACGAUCUGCCAACCAGAACCUAAUGUCUAUGGUCAGCUCAAACCCAAGAUGUGAUAAGCCAUAGAGAAGCCGAGAAGAAUGAGUCUAUAUAAGAUAACACUCACUUGCAGGUGCAUGAGAGGUUAUAGGAACACAAUACAGGUGAAUUAAUAAAUAUAUGCCCCCCCCCCUUCCAACACAUUUCAAUGGGUUUUGGAUUCUCGGCCACUUGAAGAACUUAUUUAAUUUUUUUUAAACCCAAGCUGCUUUGGUACUCCAUGGUGCCAUAUGAUUAAAAUGACUCUUCAGACCCCAGCACUGCUGUAGAUGCCUUAACAAAAUGACUCUACCGACCCCCCAACACUCCCGCACUUUAUACUUCUAGAUAUGGAAGCUAACUCUACUGUCGGCAAUUCCCUGCAGAUCGGCCAUUGGGCCUGUUCUGAACUGGUAUCAAUAGGUUCAUUGAUUUCUAAGUUAUUCCUGUUCCAUGUCCUUUUCUCCGGUCAUGGUCCAGACCUGGUGACACUUCUAGUCCCACCAGUAGCGGAAGAGUCACAGUUUGUCGUCCUUGCCUCUAUUUCCCUGGGGAAUGUUGCCUCGACAAUCUGAUUAAUUGGCUCUUGUGCUAACCCCGAUUUGGAGAUAUUUUUGGAAUGUUUUCAUCAGAGCGAGAUACAUUUAGGUCACGGGAAACAUUCACACAACUGGCGUAGGUAAGAAAUGGGCACCGCGUAAUAAACUUACAUUUACAGCCAGUAUAAUCCGCAUGAUCAGCUUUUUAGUGAUACUUCCCUUUUGAAAAAAAAACAAAAACGGUUUCUAGUAUAAUAUUUAAAGGGGUUAUCCCAUGAAUAAUGUAAAAAAUAAAAAAUCAUGCAUAAUCCAGUACAUGA